UAACCAUUUGUGUUACAGUAAUUUAUUUGUCUUGUUUUCCUCGCCAUGCCCUUUUAACAAGGAUGUAUAAAAGCAUCAAAGCACAGAAUAUCCCAUCAUAUUACCUGAAUAUCCGAACGCGUUUGAUGGUGAUGUCCUCCAAAUCUCACCUACAAUAGCUAUGUAAAUCCAGCUUAAGGGGCAUAAGUGUUCUCCAAGAUGGAAUCCAUUACCAAAGCAAUGAGAAUUUUUGCUGUAUCAUCCUUCUUGUGCGUUUGUAUCUGUUUUACUGCUAAAGCUCAGGAUUUUGAUUUCUUCUACCUGGUUCAGCAGUGGCCAGGAUCUUAUUGUGAUACAUCAAAUGGGUGCUGUUAUCCUUCCACAGGGAAGCCUGCAUCAGAUUUUUCAAUCCAUGGUCUAUGGCCAAAUUAUGAUGAUGGUACUUACCCUUCUAACUGUGAUCCCAACAGCCCCUUCGAUCCUUCACAGAUAAGUGAUUUGAGAAACGAGAUGAGAUCGAAAUGGGGAUCACUGGCAUGUCCGAGCAGCAAUGGACAACAAUUCUGGCAACACGAAUGGGAGAAACAUGGCACCUGCUCAGAGAAUGUUUUGAGCCAACAUGAUUAUUUUGCAGCUGCCCUGCAUCUGAAAGACAGUGUUGAUGUUCUGGGUGCGUUGGAGAAUGCAGGGAUCCAUCCAGAUGGGGGACAAUACAGUGUCAGCAGCAUAAUGGAUGCAUUGAAAGAGGGUACUGGUUAUACGGCAGGGAUUGAAUGCAAUACAGAUGAAUCGGGAAACAGACAAUUGUAUCAAAUAUAUUUGUGUGUUGAUUCCUCUGGGUCUAAUUUUAUGGAUUGCCCUGUACUGCCUCAAGGCAAGUGUUCUUCUGGUUCCCAAGUUGAAUUUCCUUCCUUCUAGAUGAAGGAUAAGGGCUAGUUGAUAUGUUAUCAUGUAUGAUUUCAUUCUAAAUAAU